GCAACUCGUUAAUCAUAAUCAGCAAAAUUACGAUUGAGCAGUGAGGACUGUGACUUGAGUUAUUUAUUAUUGUUUUGUCGUGUUUAUGUUAUUUUUUAGAUAUCGUUAGAAUGCCGAAAAUUUGAUACGUCAACAACUUUUUUACAAAAUUCUUAGUCUUUCGGAACGCAGUACGCACUGCUUGAAAUAGUAACAUGACAUAAGACUAUAGAAAAGAAUAAAUAAUAAUUCGCCAUGGUUUUCGAAUCUAUUGUUGUGGAUGUUUUAAAUAGGUUCCUCGGCGAUUAUGUUGAAAAUUUAAACAGAUCUCAACUUAAAUUGGGUAUUUGGGGAGGGGAUGUUGUCUUGGAGAAUUUGAUAUUGAAACAAAAUGCACUUGAGGAACUCAAUAUACCAGUGCAGACAGUUUAUGGUCAUUUAGGAAAACUGGUUCUAAAAAUACCAUGGAAAAAUUUGUAUGGUGCAUCGGUGGAAGCAACAAUUGAAAGAUUAUUCUUGAUUGUAAAUCCAAGUGUUGAAGUUAAAUACGAUGCAGAGAAGGAGGAGAAAAUGGCACUGGCUUCUAAGCAAGCGGAACUUGCUCGAGUUGAGGAAGCUAAAAAGAAAGAAGCAGAAAAAGAUGAAAACAAACUAGACGAGACAUUUGUUGAGAAGCUAGUGACACAAAUAAUCAAGAAUGUUCAACUCACGAUAUCUGAUAUCCAUGUUCGAUACGAGGACAGUGUAACAAAUCCCAAGGCACCAUUCUCUUUUGGAAUUACUCUACAUAACCUUUCUGUGCAUACUACAGAUGAGAAUUGGAAGCAAACUAUUGUUCAAGGAGCAGUGACAAAAAUAUUCAAGAUACUAAGUUUAGAAGGUCUGGCAAUCUAUUGGAAUCCAGUUACUGAACUAUAUUCAAAAUCAAAUAACCAAGAUAUAAAAUCACGAUUGGAGAAAGAAAUAGCAACCAAAACAUAUCAGCCAGAAUAUUAUAAUUAUGCAUUGGGUCCAAUAAAUGCAACUGCAAAAUUAAAAUUAAAUCCAAAGCCAGAGGGAGACACACCAAAGUUCAGCUCACCAAAAGUGAUACUGUCGCUGCACAUGGAACAGUUGUCGGUGAAUCUCACAAAGGCUCAGUAUCAAGAUAUGAUGCUUCUGGCUGAUUCAAUGGACAGAAUGAACAAAGGUGCUCCAUAUAGAAAGUACCGGCCAAAUGUGAAAACCUACAAAGGUAAUUACAAAUUGUGGUGGCAAUUCGCGUACAAAUGUGUCCUCGAGGAGGACGUGUUGAGACGUCGCCGGAACUGGGAUUGGACGCACAUGCUGGCUCACCGGCAGCUGUGUAAGGAUUACGCGGCGGCGUAUCAAGCCAAGCUGACCAGUAACGGCAAAGUGACAUCGGAUCACCAGUGCGUUCUGAACGAGGCCGAGAAGUCAUUGGACCUGUUCAACUUGGUGGUCAUACGACAGAGGAUUGAACUUGAGGUUGAGAGGCUUGGUAAAAUAGAGGAAGAGGCGAAAAAAUCCCGUGGCUGGUUCAGUGGUUGGUGGUCCGGAGCAAACUCCAAAGACGAGGAGCUGUCUGAGGGUGUUGCUAUCAUGAAACAGUUUGAGAAAGCCAUGACUCCAGAAGAGAAGGAGAAACUAUUCCGUGCGAUAGACUACCAGGAGAACACGUCGCCUCUUCACCUGCCGAUCGAGUACGUCGCCGUCGAGACACACUUUAAACUGGACAGGCUUCAGGUGGCGGUGAAUGAUACUACUGAAGUGCUUCGAGCUUGUGUCGAGACUGUAGUGCUCGAUAUGCAACAAAGACCAAGCGCUAAUGCUCUGAGAGUGGAUGUUCAAAUGAGAGCUUUCACUGUGACGGGCGUUCGCCAAGGCAACUUUGAUCCACAUCUCGUUACUUCUAAAGAAGAUUCCAAAGAUGCGAACUUGCUAAAUGUGAUGUUCGAGACGAAUCCUCUAGAUGGCAAGUGUGAUCAACGUGUCGUAGUUCGCGCCCGCCCGCUACAGAUUAUAUAUGACGCACAGACAGUCAUACAGAUAGUCGACGUAUUCAAACCGCCCACAGAAUCUACCGCAUUAACAACUUUGCAAGCGGUUGCGGAGAACAAGUUUUCAGACUUAAAAGAGAAGUCUUCUCUGGGGAUGCAAUACGCGGUGCAUAAUCAUACAUUUAUUGAACUAGACGUGGAUAUUGCGUCCUCAUAUAUCAUCGUGCCGCAGACAGGGAUAUAUAAAGGAGAAGAAUCAUGUGUGGUCGUGAAGCUGGGAGCCAUCAGCGUGAGGUCGGAGCCCCGCAGCCGGUCUCUGGACGUGAGCCGGCUGCACCGCCAGGGGCUCGCUGACGACGACAUCCUGCGGGAGAUAGCGGGCCACGCCUACGACAAGAUGGCGCUGCACCUCACGGAGAUGCAGAUUGUGGUAGCUUCCUCGAACGAAGACUGGCAUUCCGCGAUCGUAUCAAACGAGGCGACUCCUCUACACCUGCUGCAGCCGACGACCCUCGUGAUACAGAUACACAAGUGUCUCAUCACCGACGACCCCAGGCUGCCCAAGAUCAAGAUCCGCGGCGAACUGCAGAAGAUAGCCGUCGGCGUCAGCGAAGAUAGAUUGUUAAUGUUGUGUGAAAUAUUGGUGAGCAUGCCAUUGCCACGAUCUGAAGAGACAAUGCAACUGAAGUCAAGUGAAUCAAAGGGGUCAAGUCUCUCCCUUUUGAGGUAUUUGGAUCCCGCUGAGAAGCAGAAGAGAGACACAGCACGCUCGAAGCAGCGGAAAUCGCACGAAGAGCAAUCUGUUCAGCUCACUGAGAUUGAGGCGUUCUUCAUUAUGAAAGAACUCGUAUUAUGUGUGAACCGUAAAACUAUAAAUCAAUCAAUGGCUUAUGACAAGUUCCUGGUGUUUUCUCUGAGACUGUUAGAGCUGACGGCGACACAGAAGACUUUCACCCUGGAAGCGACAGUGAGGCUGGGCGCGGUCAACAUGGAGCACCACAGAGUGGGGUACUCCACCAUCAAUAUGAUAGAGACCCCUGCGUUGACUAAGGACGAGAGCAAACUAGAAGAUCAGUAUCUGUUUGCGGUCACUUAUAGCAAUGUUGAUAAAAAAUGUCCCGAGUUCCGCAGUCAUUAUGGAUCUGUAGAACAAUUGAUAGAGCUGGAUUUUACAACACUCGCCGUGCUUCUACAUUCCGAAGGCUUACAGGAGAUUCUCGUUACUGUCAAUGAAUAUCAGACUCGUCUGAACGCAAUUCAGAGUUCCGUGGACAGAUACGCAACGGCUGGCCCGCUGGAGACUAUUGUCGAGGACGAAGAGUUCUCUGUUGCUAAGUCUAAAGUGAACGUAGGAAAGCAGUCGCGCUCCAAACAAGUGGAAAGCAUACAGCUAAAAGUGAACGUUAAGAUCGGCGCCGUAGAGCUGACAUUCGCAACGGACGUGCGUCCUCUGUCAGUCGUCAAGUUGCACGGAGCGACCGCGGGCCUCGUACUCAAACCUUCGUACACCCAGAUUGAUUGUACUAUUGCGUCGAUUAAAGUUGAGGACUUAAAUCCAGUUACUAUUCACAAAGAGAUAUUAAAAGUACUGGGUGGCGAUGUAAUGAACGUGCAGAUAGUGAUGUACAAUGUAGAACAGUUCCCGAGCACGAGUGACGUGAACAUGUCCAUUGAUGCGCAGAUAAACUGUUUGAGGAUCGUAUUCCUCAACUGGUUCGUCACUUCUAUGCUGGAGUUCCUAAACAAUUUCCAAGAAGCACAAGAGGCCAUAAUAGAGGCGUCAUCCCACGCCGCCGAGGCCGCCCGGGCCAACGUCCACACUGCUUACCAGAACUCGACCAAGUUGGCGCUCCGACUGAAGCUCGCUGCGCCCAUCAUUCUUGUGCCGGAGAACUCAACCAGUGCCAAAGCAAUGCUCAUCGACUUGGGUCGCUUGACCAUCGAUAACAAAUUCGUCGAGUGGGUUCCUGCUGACGUAAGCAGCAAGGUGACGGUUGAUGAAAUCACACUCGCGCUAGAAGAAAUGAAGGUGUCGUGCGUAAUGCUGGAGGGAAACGAGAUAGACGUGACGCAAGAGAGGAAGCUGCUGCGACCGACCAGUUUCAAGCUUUUGGUCAAGCGCAGUCUGUCCUCCUGGUAUCAUCCGCUGCCCGACUUGGACAUAUCGGGACGGAUGAAGACUAUUACAAUAAAAGUGGGACACAGCGAUUACAAGAGCAUAAUGAAAAUGCUCAACCAAAACCUGCAAGAGGGCCAGGUCGCGGACGACGUUAAGGUCGCGCAGAACGUGAACCGCGUGACGUCCAAGGCGGCCGUCAGGAGUCAGAGCAGUCGGACGACCAGCAGGGCUGCGGCCGCCGUGGUACAGGAGGAGGCAGGCGGCCAGAAGACACGCACUACCAUCAAGUUCUCUUUCACUAUGGACAGCUUCGUCAUCGAUCUAAUGAAUACGAUAAGCACCGACGACACGUUUGUGAAAGACACAGAGUUGGCCCGGUUCUGCCUGGCGCUGCUCUCCCUGAAGGGCCGCAUGUGCUCGGACGGAGCCAUGCACACCUCCCUGCUGCUGGUCGACUGCACGCUCGACGACACCAGGCCCUCGCGCGGCGCCAAGAUCACCAGAUAUUUGGAGAGACGACGCGAUCAUUCGGAACAAAAAGUCGAACCGAGCGAAAACGUCCAGGAGACAUUUAUGGAGGCUCAUGACAAAAUACGAAGUAUGAUCGACAUCACCUUUACUAUGAAAAACACCGAUACGUUUGUGGAUAUCAGAGUGUUCAGUUUCAACUUGAUUCUGGCGAUGGACUUUCUGAAUAAAAUAGCGGAGUUCAUGACGACUGGCCUCGCGGAGGACACACCUCCACUCAAGAUCAAAGACGAGUCCAAAAAGCCCAUUGACAAGACUUCUGAAAUUAUAUCGCAGAAAAAUAAAUUAUCAAUUGUAUCGACAUCUGCGCCGGAACAGACGCCCGAUCCCGCGCCCGCAGCCAUGAUGACGGUCAACAUCAAGAUAGAGCAGCCCGACAUCAUACUGGUGGAAUCCCUAGAACAGAAGAAGUGCGAUGCCCUUGUACUUAAUAUGGAGGCAAGGUUCAAACUGCGCAAGACGUCGGAGCGUAUGGUGGCGGACGGCGGCAUCUCCGGCCUCCAGAUGGUGGUCCGGACGCUGGGCCGCGAGCCCGGGGAGCCACCUGCCCCGCCCCGCCACCUGCUGGCGCCCGCGCAUCUCUCGCUGGCUCUCUCGCAGCCGCCCGACUGCGGAAUGCGGGUCGACGUCGCGAUCACUGAUAUUAAGAUCACAGUCUCGCCCGAGAUAAUAGCGCUGCUGAACCGAGUGUUGGCGACGAUGACCAGCUCUGAGGAGAACGACGUACAGCUGGAGAACAAGCCGAUAUUCUACGACAAGCCGUGGGAUAUACAGCCAUUUAAAGCCACUCAGUAUUGGUUCCUCAAAACCGAGGAGGCCGAGGAAGCCAUUAGUCUGGAAGCGGCAGUAGAACCGGCUCCCCCCGUCAACAGGAACCUGGGCGAGAUCUGCAUGGUGUCCAGCCCGUCCAUCGUGCUGGCUCUGGAGAUGCAGAUCGGUAACGAGACUGUGCCGGUGCUGGUGAUGCAGGCCUCGCUCAACGGACAGGUCAAGGACUGGAGCUCGGAGAUGUACGUGCAGUGCACGUGGGCCAUGCAGGUGUCGUACUAUAACAUCGAGCGCGCCGUGUGGGAGCCGCUGCUGGAACCGGUCGAGGUGCUCAAGGACAACCGGUACAUGCACGUUCCCUUCGAGUUCACCGUUGAGAUGGUGGUGCGGCCUCCCGAGGCGCAGGCCGCCAUCGACAAGUGCGACGAGGCCGUGAACCUGGAGCGAGCCGCCAAGCGAGCUGCCGCUACCACUAUCACUCUGUCCAGCAGCGAACCGCUCGAGAUCACCGUCACCAGUAGCGGCCUGCAGGUGUUAACACAGCUGGGUAAUUCGUUUUCGGCCGCUAUUACUGAGACGGAUACAUCAGUUGUGUCCAAGACGAAGAGCGAAGUGAGCGAGCGCGAGUACGCUGGCGCGCCCUACGUGCUGCACAACUGUACGGGGCUCACGGCCACCCUCGUGCUGCACAACAACCCGGACUUCGCCGUGUUCACCGAGCACUACGCCGCCUCCGACUACCGGGAGGUGGUGCUAGAAGCAGGCGCGUGUGUGCCGCUACAGUUGAAGCAGGGCGGACUUAACGUCAUGAAGCUCAACGAACCGCCGCCGCCGCUCAAGCUGAACAUAAAGAUCGUGGAGCUGGACGAUGAGAUCCAGAUCCCCGUGGAGCGCGCCGACAAGCGGUACUUCGCGCUGAGCCGGCGCGGAACCGGCUCCAGCCACCAGCACGCGCCGCUGGCCGCCGCCCUGGAGCCACGCGGCCUCAUCUCCGACAUCAUGAUGCAGGACGCGGCGCUGCACAUCUACCUCAGGAGCAUCGUGCAGGUGGUGAACACGCUGUCGGUGGGCGUGAGCGUGUACUACAUGUCGUCGGCGGGCAACGAGGUGGUGGAGCUGGGCGAGGUGGCGGCGGGCGCCACCCUGCGGCUGCCGCUGCGGGCCGUGCACACUUCCACCGCAGAGAUAUUCUUCUCUGUUGAAGGUUUUACGGUAUCCGUAUCACCGUUCAUAUGGAGAGAAUUACAACAAGAAAUGAAAAUCUCAAAAUUACUUCAAUGUGACUCAAAGGAUAAGAAUAGCGGCGAGAAGUUUUAUCUGAGGGCUGUGGGCAGCAUGGAGCAGGUGUUGUUUGAGCACAGCAACCGGCAUACGUUCGCGUCUUCCUGCUACGAGAUAGUUCUGAAGCCGGCCGUGAAGCUACAAAACUGUCUGCCGGUCGACAUCGUGGUCUCCCAGCUGGGCCUCAAGCGGACGCAGCGUUUCACUCCUGGACAGAUGUUCCAUCUCUCCCAUCUCGCGCCUAGUAAGGCGUCUAUCGUUAUCAUGAUACAAAACUACCUGGAGAAAUGUUGGGUGUGUACGAAGAAUCUUCCCGACGAAGAAAUCGAGCUGUCGGUCUGGUCCUUCGAGUCGCACGACAGUCCUGACGUUAUGAUACUCGACCUGGGCAUGCACAGUGUGGACUCAGACGGGACCCAGCUGCUGUCCCUCUACUGCCCCUUCUGGAUGCUCAACAAGACGGGCAAGACUCUAUGCUAUCGAAAAUCAAAGAAGCCCGAUAAAGAUUCGAGCACUCCCAACAAGAAUGUCGACGAAACUGGUAACGUGAUCUUUCAUCCAAAAGACUACACGGAUCCGAUAUUGUAUUCGUUCCGUGCGAAGAACUUUUUUGGAAAGAAGAAAGCUGCCAUUCGGAUAGAGUUUGGCGAAUGGUCCGACAAAUUUUCGCUGGACGUUCCUGGGAGCUCCGGUGUCGUUACUUGUCGACUUGAAGGAAGAACUUAUCAGGUCGCGGUCACGAACCAGCUGACAUUCAACAGCUUGACCAAAAUGGUGAUAUUUACACCGUUCUUCUUGUUUAUAAACGAGUGUCCGUUCCCGAUACAGUAUCAGGAGCUACAUCGCCCCGCAGAUCCAUGGACGGAGGUAGAUAAAAACUCAUGUUGUCCACUGUGGCCUGUUGUGGAUAAGGAAGACAAACUGCUGUUACUGCGAGUGUCCGGGUCGGCGGAACACGCCGCGCCUUUUAUAUAUACAGAGCAGAAUACCACGUGCCUGAAGUUAAAUAAUGAGUACGGCGGCUUGCACGUAGAAGUUCAACUGAGCGAGGGCGGCACGUACAUUACGGUGCGACAGUACCGCGAAGGACACGCGCCUGCACUCGUCGUCAACUGCACGCCGCACACGCUGCACGUGUACGAGAAGGAGAGCGUCAAUGUAAGAAAUUUGCCGCCAAUGCACAAAAUGUUGUAUACAUGGGAGAAUCCUGCUGGUCCAAGAAUCUUAAUAUUUGAAGCCUUCAGAAAGAGAGAAAUUGAAAACGAUUUGAGAAAAGAUGACAUUGGAGACUUUUUGAUCACGGAGGUGGACCGCGUGUGGUGGGUGUCGUUCCUGGACGGCAUGCAGCGCGUGCUGCUCAUCACGGAGGACGGGCUCCUGGCACGUGGCGCACACACCCUGGGCGAGGCGGAGCCCGUGCGCACCGAGCUGGUGCUGGCCGUGCACUCGUUGGGUCUGUCGCUCGUCAACGACACCAACCUCACCGAGAUCCUCUACAUCAGCAUCUCCAGUUCGGGGAUAAUUUGGGAGCAAUGUAAGAUCGGUGCGCGGAGAUACAAAAAGAUCGAUACACAAAAAGUGAUACAACUCGAAGAGGCCUAUCAAAAGUACCUGGCGAUGAAAACUGUCGAAAGCGACAUUGAGGUGUCGCCGCGGGUGAAUAUUGAUGAUAAAAUUGAGGUGGACUUUGAAGAGAUGCGGAUCCUGAAACCGUCACCUCGGCUGCUGCGUCGCACGCAGGAAGCCGGGCUCUGGGCUAGCUACGGCCUGUCGGAUCACUCGCGGCGACUGCACGCAAGACUUCACCGACUUCAGAUCGACCAGCAACUACCCUUGCCCACCUUCCCAGUGGUCCUCGCUCCAGUACCACCUCCCAAGUCUGUUGCCAGUGAAGAUCCUAGUGGUAUGAGGCCGUUCAUCGAGGUGUCGAUAGUGGAGCGUAUAAUGGAGCACAGCAGCGUGCGCCAGUACAAGUACUACAAGCUGCUGGUGCAGGAGUUCCACGUGAAGCUGGACAUGGGGCUGGUCAACGCGCUCAUGGGCAUGUUCCCGCAGCACUCGCCCACGGAGCAGGAGGCGCUGGAGGCCUUCCAAGGAGACCUGGAGAGUGCGGGCCGGCCGCUCGCAGCCCUGGCCGCCCUGGGCGCCGUGUCCGACGUCAAGAACUUCUACGACAACCUUCACCUGUCGCCUCUCAAGGUGCACGUGUCAUUCUCCCUGGGCAGCGCCUCCCAGCUGCCGACCUUCGUGGGCACCGUGCUGCAGAGCAUCGGCGUGACGCUCACCGACAUGAACGAUGUGGUGUUCAAGUUGUCGUACUACGAGCGCAACUACGAGUUCCUGUCCCAGAAGGAGCUGAUCAGCCAAGUGCAGAGCCACUACACGGGCCAGGCGCUGAAGCAGCUGUACGUACUGGUGUUGGGGCUGGAUGUCAUCGGCAACCCCUACGGCCUGGUCAUCGGCCUCAAGAAGGGCGUCGAGGAUCUGUUCUAUGAACCGUUCCAGGGCGCAAUCCAAGGGCCGGGCGAGUUCGCGGAGGGUCUGAUGCUGGGCGUGCGCUCGCUGGUGGGACACACGGUGGGCGGCGCGGCGGGCGCCGUGUCGAGGAUCACGGGCGCCAUGGGCCACGGACUGGCCGCGCUCUCACUGGACAAGGAUUACCAGCGAAGAAGAAGAGAUAAUAUAAACAAGCCGCCCGCCAAUCUACAGGAAGGCUUAGCGAGGAGCGGGAAAGGUCUCGUUAUGGGCUUUGUAGAUGGCGUGACGGGCGUGUUCACGAAACCGAUAGAGGGCGCGCAGGAGCACGGGGUCGAGGGAUUCUUUAGGGGGCUCGGCAUGGGAGCAGUGGGGCUUGUGGCCAGACCCACCGCGGGGGUCGUCGACUUCGCUUCCGGAUCCUUCGACGCGGUCAAGAGAGCGGCAGACUUAUCUGAAGAGGUCACAAAGCGACGCGCGGCGCGGUACCUCCCUCCCGACACAGGAGUCCGGCCCUACUCCAGGUUGCAGGCGGAGGGCUACAAGAUGCUCUCCGAACUUGAAAAGGGUAAGUUCGUGAGUACAGACACGUACGAAGCCCACGUGUGGGUGGUCGCCGGCAAGGAGGUGGUCAUGUGCAGCGACAAGCGGCUCUUCUAUCUGGAGAAGAACAAUGUCUUCGGAGGAUGGCAGAUUGUGUGGUCGUACCUAUGGACGGAGAUACCAGAAGUGCCGACCGCUGUCCCAAAAGGUGUGUACAUACCGACCGCGAAACGAAAAGUUCUCGGCAUGUUCCCCAGCGCCGGUUCCGGCAAACUGAUAUUCCUGUACGACGAGCAACAGAAAAUGUAUCUGUUGGCGCAGUGCCAGCGACUCAUGGCUUCGGCUCGUUGACAUGAGGACGUAGGAAGAAUGAAGCCCGCCGAAUGGCUGGCCGAGUUCUUUCUACUUGUGUUCCACUAUCGCACUGCGCUGCACACUCUUCUAUACUACUUCAACUUUCACCACAUAACGCCUACGGGCUUUCGCUAGAACUGUAUCUAUAUAUCUUGCUAUAUUGUUUGUUGUUCUGUUUGUUAAUGGAAAGGUUUAUUGCCUGUUAUGCUUACUGAUUCAGCGCUAAAAUAAUUAUGACCUCUCCUAAUGUGUUCUAUAUGCCAACUCGUGGAAGCAGACGAGACUUAGAUACUUUUAUAUUAAUACUCACAGCUAAUGUUAUACAUAUAGGGUUAAAUCUUUAGAAAUUUUUAAUAUAAAACUUAAUUUUAUAAGUUUCGAGUGGCUUUGGCUGUCUACUUAUAUGACAAAGUAAAAGUACUUUUAUUAUACAACUGUGGACUUAUAUUUUGUACAAUUUUGUAUCUUCCUGCAUUUAUUAAAA